CAUCAGAUUAAGCCAUGAAAACAAGGUUUUUCUGAAAAAGUUUGAUCAAGAGUUGAGUAGUUUCUUUGCACUUUCCUAAGCUCAGUUCACUCCAUCUCUCUUUGUCUUUGUCUUGGUAAGUCAUCAAUUGAGAUCUAUGGAAGCAACUCAAACUCCAAGCAAAGGUGAUGAUGGAGACCUCAUUACUGUGCUGAGUAUUGAUGGUGGUGGCAUUCGUGGAAUCAUUCCAGGAGUUAUACUGGGUUUCCUCGAAUCAGAGCUUCAGAAGCUGGAUGGUGCUGAUGCAAGGCUAGCAGAUUACUUUGAUGUGAUUGCAGGAACAAGCACCGGUGGAUUAGUCACUGCAAUGCUUACUGCUCCAGAUGAAAACAGCAGACCCUUGUACGCAGCCAAAGAUAUUAAGGAUUUCUACCUUGAGCAUACCCCAAAAAUCUUCCCACAGAAUAGUGGCUGGAAUUUAAUCGCAUCAUUGAUGAAAUACGGCAGAACUCUGAUGGGACCACAGUACGAUGGCAAGUAUUUACACAAGCUCAUUAGGGAAAAACUAGGGGACACAAAAUUGCAACACACAUUAACCAAUGUCGUUAUCCCCGCAUUUGAUAUCAAACACCUUCAACCCACCAUCUUUUCCAGCUUCCAGGUGAAGAAGAGACCAUACUUGAAUGGGUCUUUGUCUGAUAUAUGCAUUUCAACCUCAGCAGCACCAACCUAUCUUCCAGCUCAUUCCUUUGAAACCAAAACCCACCAUGGUAGUUUCAAAUUCGACCUUGUAGAUGGUGGUGUAGCAGCAAAUAACCCGGCACUGGUGGCGAUGGCAGAAGUGUCGAACCAAAUCAGCAAUGAAGGGUCAUGUGGAAGCUUGAAUGUAAAGCCGUUGCAAUACAAAAAGUUUUUGGUGAUAUCGUUGGGAACAGGUUCUCAGCAACAUGAAAUGAAAUACAAUGCUUCUAAGGCAUCUAAAUGGGGCCUUUUGGGCUGGGUUUCCUCCUCCGGUGGCAAUCCUCUGAUCGAUGUGUUCAGUCAUGCUAGUUCUGACAUGGUCGAUUUCCACAUCUCCUCCGUUUUCCAAGCACGCAAUGCCGAAGAAAACUACCUCCGAAUCCAGGACGAUACUUUAAAUGGGGACUUAUCUUCGGUGGACGGGGCCACGGAGAAGAAUUUGAAUGGCCUCGUCCAAGUUGCAGAAGCAUUGUUAAAGAAACCAGUUUCAAAGAUUAACUUGAGGACUGGUAUUCAUGAACCUGUUGAGUCUAACGAAACCAACGCAGAAGCCUUGACGAGGUUUGCGAUACGACUAUCCGAACAGAGAAAAUUUCGGAAAUCUCAAACGUUUGCGAACAAUGGAAAUAUUUGAAAGACGAAGAGAAGAGAUACUUGUUGCUUGGCCAAUAUGAUAAAUGAUAAUUACUGUAGUGUUCAUUUUAUUUUUAUAUAUUUUAUUUAUAUUUUGUUUUUUUCAUUACAGUGAAGAUAUAGUUCAUUGUUCUGUAUCACAAUAAUUAGUGUCCCUACAAUGUUAUAUCUCAUGUGCUGUAAACGCUACGUGUUUCUUUAUUUUCAUGUUACAACGGCUUUGUAAUGGAAUUAUUCUGGGUUACACUAUACUAA